GUUUAAUGAGGCCUUGUUGAGUCCUGAUAGGCUUGCUGGGGAUAAAACCUGGAGCUCGAGAGAAGAGAGGGACAUUUUGGAGCGAGAUGGCGAGAGGGACGGUGGCCACGUACCUACAUGGAGUCCUUCUCUUGGCUCUGUGGAAACCUUCACUGCAAGGAGGUGUUUAUGUACCUGCUGGUGGAGCAGCAGGAGGAGCUGGAGCCGGCUUAGGAGCUGGUGCAGGACGUGGAACUGGAUUCGGACCAGGUGGGACCGGAACAGGAUAUGGCCCUGGAGGAGCUGGAACUGGAUUCGGACCAGGUGGAACCGGAACAGGAUUUGGCCCUGGAGGAGCUGGAACUGGAUUCGGACCAGGUGGGACUGGAACAGGAUUUGGCCCUGGAGGAGCUGGACCAGGAGGCUUUGGACCAGGAGCUGGCGGAGGAGGCUAUGGUGGUCAAGGACCAGGAGGUGGAGGCCCAGGAGGAAUUAGACCAGGAGGAGUUGGUCCAGGAGGAAUUGGUCCAGGAGGUGUCGGCCCAGGAGGAGUUGGUCCAGGAGGAAUUGGUCCAGGAGGUGUCGGCCCAGGGGGAGUUGGUCCAGGAGGUGUCGGCACGGGAGGAAUUGGUCCAGGAGGAAUUGGUCCAGGAGGUGUCGGCCCGGGAGGAGUCGGCACGGGAGGAGUUGGUCCAGGAGGAAUUGGUCCAGGAGGUGUCGGCCCGGGAGGAGUUGGUCCAGGAGGAAUUGGUCCAGGAGGUGUCGGCCCGGGAGGAGUCGGUGCGGGAGGAGUUGGUCCAGGAGGUGUCGGCCCGGGAGGAGUCGGCACGGGAGGAGUUGGUCCGGGAGGUUUCAGGCCUAGCACUUUUGGCAUAGGGACUGGUGGAAAACCUCCAAAAACAGGACGAGGCUAUGGUGGUCGUGGAGGGUUUGGAGUCUGGUCAGGUGGUUUAGGACCAGGUGGUGUCAGUCCUGGAGGCUAUGGACCUGGGCCUGGAGGAGUUGGCCCAAGUGGUUUUGGACCAGGUCGUACUGGUCCAGGUGGUCAAGGCACAGGCCUUGGGGCAGGGGGCUUUGGUGGAGGAACACUUGGAGCAGGAGGCCUCGGGACUGGUAGAGGUCAGGGAGCUGGUGGUCUUGGAACUGGAACUGGAACUGGAACAGGCUAUGUACCUGGAGGUGGCUAUGGAGGUUAUGGACCAGGUGGUGCUGGUCAAUACCCAGGAGUUGGUAGAACGGGUCUCAAACCUUCUAAAACAGGGGCAGGAACAUCACUUGGAGGGACUGGUUAUGGGCCUGGUGGUGCUGGGUUUGGGCCUGGUGGAACAGGAUAUGGGCCUGGUGGUACAGGGGUUGGGCCUGGUGGAACUGGACUGGGGCCUGGUGGGGCAGGGGUUAGGCCUGGUGGAACAGGGUUUGGGCCUGGUGGGGCAGGGGUUGGGCCAGGUGGGGCAGGGGUUGGGCCUGGUGGAACGGGAUUUGGGCCUGGUGGGGCAGGGGUUGGACCUGGUGGAACUGGACUGGGGCCUGGUGGUGCAGGGGUUGGGCCUGGUGGGGCAGGGGUUAGGCCUGGUGGAACGGGAUUUGGGCCAGGUGGGGCAGGGGUUGGGCCUGGUGGAACGGGAUUUGGGCCUGGUGGGGCAGGGGUUGGGCCUGGUGGAACUGGACUGGGGCCUAGUGGUGCAGGGGUAGGGCCUGGUGGAACGGGUUUUGGGCCUGGUGGUGCAGGAGUAGGGCCUGGUGGAACCGGAUUUGGGCCUGGUGGUGCAGGGGUAGGGCCUGGUGGGAUGGGAUUCGGGCCUGGUGGUGCAGGGGUAGGGUCUGGUGGAACGGGAUUUGGGCCUGGUGGUGCAGGGGUUGGUCCUGGUGGAACGGGAUUUGGGCCUGGUGGUGCAGGGGUUGGGCCUGGUGGGGCAGGGGUUGGGCCUGGUGGUGCAGGGGUUGGGCCUGGUGGGGCAGGGGUUGGGCCUGGUGGAACAGGAUUUGGGCCUGGAGGAGCAGUUGUGCCAGGAGGAGGUCCACUGCUGCCACAGACUGGUACUACUGGGGCAGGAUCUGGUGGAAAGACUGGUGGUAAAGCAUCAAAACAAGUCCCAGGAAUAGGGGUGCCUGGACUCUAUCAAGGUGGAUUUGUACCUGGUCAAGGUUUUGGAGGUCGUGGUGUUCUCCCUGGAGUGGCCACAGGAUCUGGACUUGGGCCUCAGACUGGAUCUGGAGUACUCGGUCAGGGAGGUGCUGGACCAGGAGGAGCAGGCAAUGGCCGUGGGCAGCAGUUGCCUGGUGUUUUUCGGGGUUACCCUCUCAUAUCACCAAAAUCAGGGGCAGGCAAAUCUAAGAAGAAUCCAGCCAAAGCUGCAGCUAAAUAUGGUGGAGCUGGAGCUGGAGGAGGUGCACUUGGUCAAGGAGGCGCUUUGGGGGUUGGUGCAGGAAGCCUCCCUGGAGGUGGAGCAGGAGGCACACCUGGAUUUGGAGGCGGAGCUGGAACAGGUGGUGGACCUGGAUUUGGAGGCGGAGCUGGAACAGGCGGUGGACCUGGACAAGGUUAUGGUCCUGGCCCUGGUGGUGCUGGCACUGGCCCUGGUGGUCGUGGUUACGGCCCUGGUGGUGCUGGCACUGGCCCUGGUGGUCUUGGUUAUGGUCCAGGUGGUGCUGGCACUGGCCCUGGUGGUGCUGGCACUGGCCCUGGUGGUCUUGGUUAUGGUCCCGGUGGUGCUGGCACUGGCCCUGGUGGUGCUGGCACUGGCCCUGGUGGUGCUGGCACUGGCCCUGGAGGAGCGGGUUAUGGGCCAGGUAGAACUGGCACUGGAUUAGGAGGAACAGGAACAGGACCUGGAGGGUAUGACGCCAGUGCUAAAGCUCGUAAAUAUGGCAUGUUAAGUGGAGCACUUGGAGGUACAGGACCAAAUACUGGACUCAGACCUGGUGGUGCUGGCACAGGCUAUGGACCAGGUGGAGUCGGCCCUGGUGGUGCUGGUACUGGCUACGGACCUGGUGGAGUCGGUCCUGGUGGUGCUGGUACCGGCUACGGACCAGGUGGAGUCGGUCCUGGAGGUGCUGGCACUGGCUACGGACCUGGUGGAGUCGGUCCUGGUGGUGCUGGUACCGGCUACGGACCAGGUGGAGUCGGUCCUGGUGGUACUGGUACUGGCUACGGACCUGGUGGAGUCGGACCCGGUGGUGCUGGCACUGGCUACGGACCUGGUGGAGUCGGGCCUGGUGGAGUCGGACCCGGUGGUGCUGGCACUGGCUACGGACCUGGUGGAGUCGGACCUGGUGGAGUCGGACCCGGUAGUGCUGGCACUGGCUACGGACCUGGUGGAGUCGGACCUGGUGGAGUCGGACCCGGUGGUGCUGGCACUGGCUACGGACCUGGUGGAGUCGGGCCCGGUGGUGCUGGCACUGGCUACGGACCUGGUGGAGUCGGACCUGGUGGAGUCGGCCCCGGUGGUGCUGGCACUGGCUACAGACCUGGAGGAGUCGGGCCCGGUGGUGCUGGUACCGGUUAUGGACCUGGAGGUUAUGCUGGUGCCAAAGCUCGCAAAUAUGGUCUACCUGGAGGGGCUGGAGGUGCUCUGGGUGCAGGAGGACUUGGUAGGGGAGCAGGGACUAGCUCUGGGCUCGGAGUAGGACAAGGUGUGGGAGUAACAACUGGUGGCGGACCUGGAGCAGGAUUGGGGACUGGUGGUGCGAUACCUGGUUCUGGUGUUGGAACAGGAGGUGGGCCGGGUGGCUUUGGACCAGGCAGUGCAGGAGGGCUUCCAGGUGGCGGCACAACAGGAAGAAUUGGGUAUGGGCCUGGUGGAUAUGGACCUGGUGGAUAUGGACCUGGUGGAUUUGGACCUGGUGGAGGCUAUGGUGCAGGACCAGGGACUGGAUAUGGAACAGGCUAUGGAACUGGAUCAAAACCUGCUAAAUACGGUAAAGUUGGUGCUGGUGGAGUACUUGGAGGUGGAGCAGGACGUGGUGGCUAUGGUACAGCUGGAUCUAAAGCUGCUAAGUAUGGGCAACCUAAUGGAGUUGUACCUGGGGUAGGAGGAGGGACUAGCACCGGUGUAGCAGGCACAGGGAUUGGCACCGGAGUAGCAGGCACAGGGACUGGCACAGCAGUAGCAGGCACAGGGACUGGAACCGGACUAGCGGGCACAGGGAUUGGCACCGGAGUAGCGGGCACAGGGACUGGCACUGCAGUAGCGGGCACAGAGACUGGCACCGGAGUAGCGGGCACAGGGACUGGCACCGGAGUAGCAGGCACAGGGACUGGCACUUCAAGGACGGGUACGGGAACUGGCACUACUGGGACCGGCACUGGUGUUUCAGUGAAUGGCACCACCAUUGGCAGCGGUGCGGGGGCAACAACUGGACCUAUCGCUUCAGGAGGGGGACUUGGAGCCACAGACAGCACACCAUCUCCAGCAUCAGAAGGUGAUGGCAUUGUGAUAGAGGGCUCUGGAAUUUCUGGAGGAGAAGGAGGUACUGGUGUAGGUGGCAGACCAGUGGGCGCAGGAGGUGAUGGAGAUGUACUGGGUGGAACAGGAAUACCCAUUAUUGGAACAAAACCAGGACUCAAUGGGACAGACGUUUCAGGUUCCACAGGAGCUGCACCUGGUUCUGGUGGAAGCUCAGCUGGAACACUGCCUGGAGCCAAGCCUCUCAAACCCCCAGGUGUCCCCAGAGGUGACACGCCAGGUGAAGGAGAUGGAGAGGGAGGUCCUGAUGGAGAGAGACGUAGUACAGGAGUCACAGGUGGAGGACCAGGAGGAGUAGGAGGGCUUCCUACCACUGCAGGAGCAGCAGGAGGUGUUUUAGGUGGCGUAACAGAGGUGGGAAGAGGAGACAGUCCUGCUAGUGGAACUGGAGUUGGACCAGGAGGUGCAGCUGGAGGAUUAGGAGGAACACCAAAACCACCCAAAGCCUACGGACCUGAUGGGACUGUAGCAGGAGGCGUAAGCGGUGGGCCUGGAGGAGUAGGUCAGGUGGCAGGUGCAGGCACAGGGGCAGUUGGAACAGGUCCUGGAGGAAUUGGAGGAGGUCCUGGAGGAGUCGGAGCAGGUCCUGGAGGAGUUGGAGGAGGUCCUGGAGGAGUCGGACCAGGUCCAGGAGGAGUUGGAGGAGGUCCCGGUGGAGUCGGAGCAGGUCCAGGAAGAGUUGGAGGAGGUUCAGGAGGAGUUGGAGGAGGUCCUGGUGGAGUUAAACCUGGAAAAAGCUAUGGUGCUGGUGGAAUUUUACCAGGUGGAGGCAUACGUUACCCAACUGGAGCUGGAGUAGGACAGGGAGCAGGAAAAUCAGGCAAAGCAUAUGGCACUCUUGGAGCAGGAGGCCGGGGUGGGGUUGGACCUGGCAGUUAUGGAGCUGGUCCCGGCGACUACGGUACUGGUCCAGGUGGCUUUGGUGCUGGGCCUGGUGGAUAUGGUACUGGGCCUGGAAGUUACGGAGGCCAGACUGGAAGCGGAGGCACUGGUGCUGGUCCUGGGGGUGCUGGGACCCCUGGAGUAGGACAGGUUGGAACUGGAGGUUUAGGAGCAGGUCCCGGUGGAGUUGGUGGUGGAUUUGGGGGAUAUAGUGGUGGUGUAGGUCCUGGUGGUUCAAGGUAUGGCAUAGGCCCAGGACUGGGUACUGGCACCGGCAAACCACCAAAAAGUUAUGGAGCAAGAGCUGGUGGUACUGGGGUCGGGCCUGGUGGCUUUGGGACAGGACCAGGUGGAGUUGGUUCUGGUCCAGGAGGAUUUGGACCUGGUGGCACUGGACCAGGUGGAUAUGGUACAGGACUGGGUGGUGUCGGAACCAGGCCAGGUGGUUUUGGACCAGGUGGUGCUGGCACGGGAACAGGAGGCAUCAGACCAGGUGGUGCUGGUACAGGACCAGGAGGUGGCGGACCAAGUGGUGCUGGCACAGGACCAGGUGGGUUCGGACCAGGUGGUGUUGGCACAGGACCAGGCGGCUUCGGACCAGGAGGUGCAGGCAUAGGACCAGGAGGUGUCGGUCCAAGUGGUGCUGGCACAGGACCAGGUGGUGUUGGCACAGGACCAGGCGGCUUCGGACCAGGUGGUGCAGGCACAGGACCAGGAGGUGUCGGACCAAGUGGUGCUGGCACAGGACCAGGUGGGUUUGGACCAGGUGGUGUUGGCACAGGACCAGGUGGCUUUGGACCAGGUGGGUUUGGACCAGGUGGUGUUGGCACAGGACCAGGUGGGUUUGGACCAGGUGGUGCUGGCACAGGACCAGGCGGCUAUGGACCUGGUGGAGCAGGGGCUGGUGUGUAUACUCCUGGAGGUCAAGGACUGGGGGCAAGAAAGCCACCAAAAUCAGGCUAUGGAUCAUCUUCGCUAGGUGGAGCUGGCUAUGGACAAGGUGCAGGUGUUGGACCUGGUGGAACAGGUACUGGACCUGGCAGAUACGGGCCUGGUGGCGUUGGUCCUGGUGGUGCUGGCACAGGACCAGGUAGCUUCGGACCGGGUGGUGCUGGAACAGGACCAGGUGGCUUCGGACCAGGUGGUGCUGGAACAGGACCAGGAGGUGUCGGACCAGGUAGUGCUGGCUUCAGACCAGGUGGCUUCGGACCAGGUGGUGCUGGCACAGGACCAGGUGGCUUUGGACCAGGUGGUGCUGGCACAGGACCAGGUGGUGUUGGUACAGGACCAGGCGGCUAUGGACCUGGUGGAGCAGGGGCUGGUGUGUAUACUCCUGGAGGUCAAGGACUGGGGGCAAGAAAGCCACCAAAAUCAGGCUAUGGAUCAUCUUCGCUAGGUGGAGCUGGCUAUGGACAAGGUGCAGGUGUUGGACCUGGUGGAACAGGUACUGGACCUGGCAGAUAUGGGCCUGGUGGCGUUGGUCCUGGUGGUGCUGGCACAGGACCAGGUGGCUUCGGACCGGGUGGUGCUGGAACAGGACCAGGUGGCUUCGGACCAGGUGGUGCUGGAACAGGACCAGGUGGUGCUGGAACAGGUCCAGGUGGCUUUGGACCAGGUGGUGCUGGCACAGGACCAGGUGGCUUCGGACCAGGUGGUCCUGGAACAGGACCAGGAGGUGUCGGACCAGGUGGUGCUGGCUUCAGACCAGGUGGCUUCGGACCAGGUGGUGCUGGUACAGGACCAGGUGGCUUCGGACCAGGUGGUACUGGCACAGGACCAGGUGGCUUCGGACCAGGUGGUACUGGCACAGGACCAGGCGGCUAUGGACCUGGUGGAGCAGGGGCUGGUGUGUAUACUCCUGGAGGUCAAGGACUGGGCGCAAGAAAGCCACCAAAAUCAGGUGCAGGUAUUGGACCUGGUGGAACAGGUACUGGACCUGGCAGAUAUGGGCCUGGUGGCAUUGGACCUGGUGGUGUUGGCACAGGAACAGGGGGUUUCGGACCAGGUGGUGCUGGUACAGGACCAGGUGGCUUCGGACCAGGUGGUGCUGGCACAGGAACAGGAGGCGUUGGGCCAGGUGGCUUCGGACCAGGUAGUGUUGGCACAGGAACAGGUGGUUUCGGACCAGGUGGUGCUGGAACAGGACCAGUUGGCUUCAGACCAGGUGGUGCUGGUACAGGACCUGGUGGCUUCGGACCAGGUGGUGCUGGCACAGGAACAGGAGGCAUUGGGCCAGGUGGCUUUGGACCAGGUGGUACUGGCACAGGAACAGGAGCCUUCAGACCAGGUGGUACUGGCACAGGACCAGGGGGCUUUGGACCAGGGGGGCAAGGACUAGGAAAAAGAAAACCAUCUAAAUCUGGUUAUGGAGGAACUGGGUAUGGAUCAGCAGGAGGCACAGGAGUUGGACCUGGCGGCUAUGGCCCAGGACCAGGAGGCUUCAGACCAGGUGGUGCUAGUACAGGACCAGGUGGCUUCGGACCAGGUGGUGCCGGUACAGGACCAGGAGGCUUCGGACCAGGUGGUGCCGGAACAGGACCUGGAGGCUUUGGACCAGGUGGUGCCGGUACAGGACCAGGAGGCUUCGGCACAGGUGGUGCCGGCACAGGACCAGGAGGCUUUGGACCAGGUGGUGCCGGUACAGGACCAGGAGGCUUCGGACCAGGUGGUGCUGGCACAGGACCAGGUGGCUUUGGACCAGGUGGUGCUGGUACUGGAUAUGGACCUGGAGGAAAAGCACUUGGGAAAAGAAAACCUUACGGCUCGUCAUUGGGUGGAACUGGCUAUAGACCAGGUGGUGGAGUGCUUCCCGGUGCAGGAACAGGAGGUAUCAGUGGAGGCCCAGGUGGUGUAGCAGGAGGAACAGCAGGAACAGGCCAGGGAGUAGGAGGUGGAGCUGGAGCUGGUGGCUUACCAGGGGGUGUUGGCCCUGGCUAUGGUGCUGGUGGAGGCCACACAGGAUAUGCGGGAGCUGGACAAAAAUCCAAAGCACAGAAGGCGGCCAAAUAUGCAGCCAUGCAGGCCUUACUGGGAGCUGGAGGCUACAGAGGCGCUGGCUGUCAGGGUAAAUACUGUGGCCGAAGGAGGAAGUGAGAGACCAACAGACAGGAAAUGACCUCAUUGAAACAACAGUGGUGCUAUUGCAUGAUCCCAGAUUGUAAAUGUCUUACCUGCCAUAGAAGCUAAAGCUUCAACUCUUUCCUCGUGUUACACAUUCAUUUUAUUUUCAUGUCUCUUUCAAAAAGAGCAAUGGUUCUCAACCUGUUAGGGAUGAUUCCUUCAAACAAGCAGAGUGGUGAAAUGCAACCUUGUCGUGUUUUAUGGUCAAAGAAUUGAAAUAUUUACCGUUUUACAAUAAAAAGCACAAGUAAGAGUAACUGUAUGAGGAUACAUCAUCUUUUUCCUCUCAUGAAUCACCUUGUGACACUCUCAGGAUCCUGACUACCAAGCUGAGAACCACUGAAAUAAAAAAGAUCAAGAUUAUUCUUAAAUUGUGAGGCCAAGCUGUACUAUAAUCCACAUUCUGUUUAGUGUUGUUACAUCAUUUGUGUUUGAUUCAUCACCAUGAAUCCUCUGGGUGAAGACUGAUACCAAGGACCCCCUCAGGGCAGCUCCUUCAGACCUGUCUGCAUGCUGACACAAUGUUUUUAAAUAAGUCUCCAAGAACACACUUUUUAUCCAGUUAGACUGGAUUUUUAGAUUGUAAUGUGUGUGUGUGUUGUAUUAAUUUACUGUUUUUAGCUUUUACAUCAGUGCAAACACUUCCAGCAUCUAUCCAGCAAUGUGUACAGAUAAAGAAUACAAGAAACUGCAAAUAGAAGGACCAAAGGAGAUGGUCAUUAUCUGAACCCUGAGAGCAGUCUGUAUUCAUUUUACUGUCCUCAGGCCUCAGUGUUGACAAAUGUGGACACAUGAAGGUCCUCAGCUGUUAACACUUGUGACAUUCAUUCUCUAAUCACAACAAUACAGUCACUGUUUCAUAGCUACAUAACACUAAAUGGUAUUGGUGUAAACACAUAUUUUGUUCAUGUUUAGAGGGAUGUAUUUGUGGGCGCAGAUUUGGCUUUUACAUCUGCUGUUGAGGAAAGCAUUCAAACUAAAUGUGUGGGAAUACAUGCUGUGCAUUUAAAUGACAUCCGAGGAGCAUCCAUUACUGUGUUUUUCUUUUUUGAUGUACCUCCUUUAACACUGUUUGAAAUAAUUGUUCACGUUUGCUAGUCUUUUUAAAUUAUGCUGACUAAAAGCAGCAAAAGCUAAGUGCUUUAUCUAUUUAUCCUCAGUCUCAUCUUACAAAUUCAAGUGCAGUAAUACAGUAUUAAAUAUUUGAGUUAUUUUGUGUGUGUGAGUUUUAACAGUUUUUUUUAACUUGUGUACAAUGCUAAAGAUAAGUGCUUUGUUUUCUACACUGUCCUUGUGUUCUGAAUCACAAGGUAGUCUGUGAUGUCAUGUGGAUAAAAAGUGUUAUUGAAUCUGAUCUUGCAUCUGAGCUGACACUGCUGACACGUUACUGUCUCUUUAGUGUAGCUCAACCUUGUUUUAACAUUUAUGUUCCUCAAAUGGCCUAUGGAGACAAUGAUGCACUUUUGUACACUUUCAGACAAAUCUCUCUGAAUCAAAUAAAUGACCAAUGACAGUUG